AUGGAAGAUGUGUCAUCGUCAAGUAUUUUGCCACCUAAUUGGGGAACAAAGAUUAUCGAAAAAAAGAUUAUAGAAGGUGAAGAUAAAUUCCCAAACAUCCUAUUACACUUUGUUGUUAAUUGCACCAACCAAGAAGAGUUUGGAAAAUGGUUAACAGAGUUUGAAUCGUUAACAAAUGCAUCAUAUGUUAUUAGUAAUACAGAUAUUGAGGAUGGAGAACGGAUUAAACUUAAGAGAAGACUAAGAAAAAAUUACAGGGGAACACAAGAAAAAUUUAAACUUCUACAUGAAGCCCCUUGUGAAAUAACUCUUGUUGUAACACACAAUCAUACAACUGGAACUGCAGAUUCUUUGCGGUUUCGGAAAGUUGGUGAUAAUGUUAGGGAAGAAUUAUUAAAUCUUUACCAGAAUGGACAUACAGCAGGAACAGCAUUAGAAAUGAUUAAGUGUAAUAUCCAACUAGCUUGUGAUGACUACAUCACAGCAUUAGCAGACCGUAAUAAAUGCCCAAGUUACAAAUACUGCUAUGACUUAUACAUGAAAGAAUUUAAGAAAAAAUAUGGCCCUAUGAAAUUUGAUACAGAAGCAAAAGAGCUGACGGUAAUCGAAGAAGGGGAAGAAUUAUCCCAGUCCAGAACACCUCAGUUGGACGAAGGGUUAUUAAAAAACAAAAGAACAGAAGGGUAA